AAAAAAUAACAACGGCUCGAGACCUCGACGGCUUCUCUAGUCUCCACGAUUCCACAGACCACAGAGGCACAGACCUGAGAGUCUGAGACCCCGUUCUCGGCUUCUGCUUCUCGCCGACCUGAGACGGUGAGACCACGUCGCCACGAUUCGUCGAUUCCUCUGUUCUCGGCUUCUGCUUCUCGAUUCCACUAAUCCACUCCACUGCUCCUCGUCUCCGGCCGACGUCCUCGCUCCUCUCCGGCUCUCCGCCCCUCAGGCCUAACCUCACUGCCUCAGCCCUCACGCUCUAGAAACAACUCAACAGUGUUGGAGAUGGCGGCCACAACCCAGUCCUUUAGUGGCAAUUUGAAGAAAGCGCUUGCUGGCUUAAGACGAAUCGAUCUGGAAGGCUUAAGGUGGAGAGUAUUUGAUGCCAAAGGCCAGGUUCUUGGGAGGCUGGCAUCUCAAAUAUCAACUGUGGUUCAGGGUAAAGAUAAGCCAACUUACGCGCCUAACUGGGACAAAGGUGACAUGUGCAUUGUGAUCAAUGCAAAGGAUGUUUGUGUCACCGGAAGGAAACUCACUGAUAAGUUCUACCGAUGGCACACCGGGUAUAUUGGACACCUGAAGGAGAGGAGUUUAAAGGACCAGAUGGCCAAGGAUCCCACAGAAGUCAUUCGCAAAGCAGUUCUUCGCAUGCUUCCAAGAAACAAAUUGCGUGAUGAUCGAGAUCGCAAAUUGAGAAUAUUUGCAGGCAGUGAGCAUCCCUUUGGCGACCGUCCUCUAGAGCCUUAUGUGAUGCCACCACGGCAAGUGCGUGAAAUGCGACCUCGUGCUAGGCGGGCCAUGAUUCGAGCUCAAAAGAAGGCUGAGCAACAACAAGGAGGAGCUACAGUUUCAAAGAUGGGCAAAAGGAAAGAGGUGGAAGCAGCAGAGAACAAUGCAUGAGUUUUAAUUUUGCCAAUUUUACAUAGCUUUCUGUAACUACCAUCAAAAUCUUAGAUGGGUACUAGCUGUUUUAACUUUUAAGUACUGAAAUUUGAUCUCAAAUGACUCCAGCUUGGAAUUUGAAAGUGAUUUCUAAUUGUUAUAUGCAACUUAUUUACUUUCUGUUA